CGCAUCAUUCUUCUCUGUUUUGCAUUCGUGUAAACACGUCCAGACGAAGGAAGUGCGAUUGUGAAAUUAAUUUGAAUUCUGUUUUGGGAAUUUCAUUGAUUGCAAUAGUGAAAUUCGGAAUUACGCCAGUGUGGUCGAUAUUUUGGUGAAUACGUGUGAAAAUAAACCCGACAAAAUGAGUGAAACGGAUGUUAGCGGAGACCAAAAGCAACAACAGCAGCAGCAGCAGCCAGUGCCAUUGCAGGACUCGACGAACAAAACCAGCAAAUUCACGGAUGUGGCCGACGCUUUGGGGCACGGAAAUGGCCUGGAUAGCUAUGGAAACCGCUUCAAAGCACGCAUGCCGGUGGAUCGUUAUGCCUCGGAAUAUAACAUGAAUCAUCCGAAGCGCGGCCUGGCACUGAUUUUCAACCACGAACACUUUGAGAUCCCCCAGCUGAAGGCUCGCACCGGGACCAACGUGGACUGCGAAAACCUUGCCGCUACGCUUAAAUAUCUGGACUUUGAUGUGCGCGUGUACAAGGACUUAAAGCUGAGGGAUGUACAGAAGGAGGUCGAGAAAGUUGCCAUGAUGGACCACUCGGAGCAUGACUGCGUCUCCAUUACGAUUCUUUCGCAUGGUGAGCUGGGCUACCUUUACGCGAAGGAUUGCCAGUACAAGUUGGACAUCAUUUGGUCGUACUUUACGGCCAAUCGGUGCCCUACGCUGGCUGGCAAGCCAAAGGUGUUCUUCAUUCAGGCUUGUCAGGGUGAUCAGCUGGACGCUGGAGUGUCCUUGGCCGAACGCACCGAAACCGAUAGCGCCGGCUCGAUGAGCUACAAAAUCCCGUCGCAUGCGGAUUUCCUGAUCGCCUACUCGACUAUUCCGGGAUUCUACUCGUGGCGUAACACCCAGAAGGGUUCCUGGUUCAUGCAGUCGCUUUGCCAGGAGCUGAACCAGCACGGUAAGAAGUACGAUCUGUUGACCCUUUUGACUUUCGUUGCUCAACGCGUGGCGUACGAUUUCGAGUCCAACACGCCGGACAUUCCUAUGAUGCACCAGCAGAAGCAGAUCCCUUGCGUGACUACCAUGCUGACGAGGUUGUUACGUUUUACCGAAAAGUAAUAGCGACCGAGGCAGUUCGAUGUUUGAUCAUCCUGCUUUGAGCAUGACAAACCUCCCCCCUCUAAUAGCGUAAACGCACCACCUCGUUUCGAAAUUUAAAAUUACUUCUUCACCCGAACACCUGCUGCACACGGGUAGGAAUGGCCGCGCACCGAUGCUUGGGAUAGGGGACUCAGAUUUUGGGCAGGUAGGCUCGACUGAAGCAAUUGGCUGUAAGCAAUUUCGACCACGAUUUCCUGUAUUGAUUUCUUCGCUUUUUUACGCGCUAGGUUUAUUUUCCUUUUAGGUGUUUAAGUUAAUCGUCAAUUUUAGAACUUUUUAUUAUUAUUCGAUCUGACUUGUGUAUGAUAUCCUGUAAAUGGUGUACACAUCGUAUUGUGUACUAGGGGAAAGCUAAAUUCAAGUUUUUCAGUUUGCUUUUCGUUCGUUUUGUGUUUGGCUAAGUAUAAAAGAAAAAAAAAGGCAUUAUGGGUAAAGCCAAUGGUUUGGACAAGUGUUAAACAUUUCAAUUUUUUAUUUGUCAUAACAAAUUAUACAAGUUUUACUUGAAAAAAUAUACAUAUGUACGUACACUAUUGCUUGAAGAUCGAAUUUCAUGUUAUUGGGGUUCAGUGCUAUGAGUGAGAAAAGUUGAUUGAGAUGCUAACAUAAGGUUGAAUUUCACAAGACUGAAUGCACAUAAGGUUGGGCACAAAAGACUGAAAUUAUAGAUUGUGACAUAAAGGUGAAACUACAAAGGGCUGAACAUUGAAAAAGCUGAAAGUAAUAAAAUUCAUGAACAAAGUUGUUGCAUUAUGACUAGUAAACGGUAUUUUUUAUUAGUAAUAUAACAUACCUACCUACUAACGGAACGCACAAGUAGAGAUGUUCCUUAUUUCGAUAUGAGCUGUUCUUUCGAGUUAACAGCAUGAUCAGAGACUUCGACAUUGAUUUUUCAUUUGGGCCUAACUGACAUUUUCGAAUUCUCUUCAUCGAUCCUCUCUUUGCGUUAUCACAGAAUGUGUAUUGAGUUUUCCAAAGAUUUUUUGGUUGAAAUGCGAAGAAGACGACUACAUGUUGCUAUAGAAACAAAAAGAAUGAUGAUUUUGUUUGUUUUGAUCAAGUUAUUAGCGAAAGAGAGAGUCGAUGAAGAGAAAUCGAUCAAGUCAGUUAGGCCCUUAUGAAAAAUCAUUGUCGACUUUCCCCUUUUCCCAGAGACAAACGCUAUAUUUUUGAAAAAUACUGCCCUAAUUUUGUAGCCGUUCAAUAUAGCAAUUUGUUAUCGUUGGGGUCGUCUUUAGCACGGCUGUACUUGGGUGGACGGAGUUUGAAAUCUAACAGAAUCACUUUUUAAGCCCUAUAUCAUGUUUUUCAGCUAUUUGACCGAGUGUAGAAUUAGCAUUUAAGUUAAAAUACACAUUAAUAAAAACUAAAAAAAAGCUUUUUGAUGUUUUCAGCUUUUCGAGAUUUAGCUUUAUGUAUUCUACCUUCUGUAAUUUCAGUCUUCUGUCCCUAUAAAUUAAUUCUUCACUCGUUUCAGACUUUUUUCCUGACAUUUUUUUCAAAAAUUAGCCAGACAUUACUUUUUAUUAUUUUAACUCUUUGUGAUCAAAUCUUUCGUGAUUCGGCCAUUCGUUAUGCGACCUUUUGUGCAUUCGGUCUUCUGUGGUAGUUGGAAGCUAUUCGGUAAUUUGUGCUGCAAUUCUUCAAGUCAUUACUGUUAGACUAAUUCCAUUUAUCCAAUGAUUUUUCAAAAAAAAAAAAAUAUCCAGGGCAUUUUGUUUAUGAAUUUCUUAUGAGUUUUUUCCAGGAAUUUCUCUUGUAAUUAUUCCAGGAAGUUCUGCUGAUAGUGCUUCAGGAAUUUCUGUUGAGAUUUAUGAAUAAAUUUCUGCUGCGUUUCCUUCAAGAAUUCUCCCAGGAAUUUCUCUAACAAUAAUUUAUGAGAUUUCAGUAGAGAUUCGUUCAACGAUAGCUCCAGAGAUUUCUACAGCAAUAGAGUAAAAGCUCUAGACUUCUCCCCCUUCACAAAUUCUGCUCUAAUCACUUCAUACAUAAAAAAUGGAAUUUAUAUGAAGAGGGCGAAGCCUACCUCUUGAACUGGGGUUUUCUCUAGAAAUUUCUCCAUUUAUUUCUCCACAGAAUCCACCAGGAACUCUUCCUGUGAUUCUAAACAAGAUUUUUUUUUUCGGGAAUUUGUAUUGGGAUUUUUUCAGUGAUUUUUCCAUAAAUUCGAAGAAAUCUCUUACAAGAUUCUUCUGAGAAUUCUUCUACGGAGUCCUCUAUGGAUGUGUCCAGAGAUUCCUUCAGGAGUUCCUGCUGGGAUUACUCCCAGAAACCCUUCUGGUAUCCCUUCAACAAUCAUUCCUGUAAUUUUGAUAAGAAUUCCUCGAAAAAAUCGUUCAUCAUGAGAUUUCUUCAGGAUUUCCUCUUGGCAUUUCACCAGGAAUUCUUAUUAGGAUUACUCGAGUUAUUCCUACUGCGAUUGGUCUAGAAAUCUUCAUGAGAUUCCUCUAGGAAUUUUCCAGGGAUUGGUCUAGGGAUUUCUACAGGGAUACUUUCAUAGAUUAUUCCAUAGAUUCCCCAAUAAUUUAUCUAGGUAUCCAACUUGGGAUUUCCACAGAGGUUUUUCUAGAGAUUUAUCCAGGCUCCUCCAGGAAUCCUUCUCAAGAUUCUUUCAAGUUGUUCUUCACUUGAUAUUUUUCUAAGGAUUCCUUCAGAAAUGUCUCCAGCUACCGUUUUCAUCUACUGUUGACUUCGAAAUCAGGUACAGUGCAUAAGAACGAAUAGAUAUUUUUAAACAUGUUACGAAGGGACUUCCAUCAAGCUCCGGUAACGAAAUUCUGACAAGAAAUCACAACAUUUCGUAAAACAUGUUCAAAUUGAAAAAAAUUAAGAAGUUUGAAUCCGUGUUGAAGUAUAUAAAUCACUGACGCAACUUACGAAGAUUGAACAAUUAUAGAGCCAACUUAGUGGGAUUCGAUCUCAGGUCCUCGUCAUGAAACCAUCAUACCAGGUCUGAUUAACCGUUUUGUUUGUUUCAGUCAAUAAAGUACAGUUUUAGCUCAAAUCGCGUGAAAAUUAUCAGAUAUUUUGAAAACACAAUAUUCAUCCCGCAAAGUUAGCACUAGCGCUGUCUUUUUUGCACAUCAUUAAAGGCUUAUUUACAAGUUCAGGGCAAUUGUCCCUGGGAUUACUACCAGAGGAGUUUUUCACGACGUUUCUGCAGAAGCACUUCCCGGGAUUUUUUCCAGAGGUUUUUUCGGCAUUGCUCUUCCAAAAUGUUUCCAACAGUUUUUCCACCGAGUUUUGCAAGACUUCGGCAAAAGGUCAGCCCAAGAUUCCUUACAAAGAACUUUCCGAGCUUACUAUUGGAGUUCCUCGCGGGAUUUUCCUCCUAGUUCCAUAGGAUUUUUCGUAGAGGUUUUCUGAGUUCCUCUCGGAAUGUCCCAAUACCCAAGAUUACUCGCAGACCUUUUUUCAAGAUGUUCUAGUUUUUCUAGGAUUCCUUAAUCCUUACGAAGUUUUUCUCGAAUUUCUCCAACAGUUCUUGUCGGAAUUUCUUGUAAAAUUCUACCUGGUCUCCUUAAAAAAAUGCAGGAAUUUCUCACGAUCAAUUUCGUAGCUUAUUCGAGAAGGUAUUCGUAGAAAAUGUUCUGGUAAAAUUUCGAUAAGAACUCUGGGAGUAACUGACAUGCAAAGGGCGUGAUAAAAUCGGAACAUUACUGUACCAAAUAAAAUUUCAAAAACAUGGUAACAUCUGAGAAAUAUCAUGGAAGAUAUCCUAGCAAAUUUUCUUGGAGAUAACACAAAAAUAACUCCGAGAUAAAUCUCGCAAGGACCUCUUGAAGAAAUCCUGCAAAAAGAAACUCCAGGAAAACCCAGAAAUCCUGGAAGAUUCUCAAGGAAGACAUCCGGAAUGGGUGGCUAGAAUCUUGGAAAAAUGCCGGUAGAAAUCCAGAAGAAUCUAGUGUGUUUUAACUUAAAUGUGCUUAAAGCUUAUUCUAUACUUAUGCCUGAACUUAUUCACGCGGAUUUGUUGUAUUUUAUGGGAAUAACCGACUUGUCGGAAAAAUCUGCUGGAUCGAGGAGUUUCACAAAAGCUCAUGUUCGGAAGAAGCAAACACUAGGUACAUGUUUGAAAACUUUUUUAUUCAUACCAACAAUUUAGUUAACUCUGUGGAUUUUACUUCUGAGUGGAUACCAAGCAGGGCCGGAUCUAAGGGGGGCCACAUUUUAGGGGCCCCCACAAAAACCUUUUUUGGUUGCUAACAUUAGCUUUAUUUUUCAUAUUGCUCAAGUACUGUUCGAAAACAAGGAAAAACAUUUUUGGUCAUCUCUCCGAGAGGCCCCAUCAUCCGCUCGGGCCCCGGGCCCCCACAAUCCUUAAUCCGGGCCUGAUACCAAGUAUUAAAGUUCUCAACUUUUUUAUUCAUACAACCUUUGUUAUAGUUGGAAAGUUACUCCAAGAAUUUUAAGAACAGUACUGUGAAAAUUCAACUUCAUUUUGUUAUGCCAUGUUGCCUCAAAGAGCAAAACCUUAUGAAAUUUUGAUAGCUUUUUUCUCAGUUGUACGUUUUUCACAUGGGCCAGUUGAAGCUUAGAACGGCAAUAGAUGAGUUUGUUCCUCUGUUUCGGACCCCCCAAGAUCAACAUGAACAUCUUCAAACGCGUGUACAAACGUAAAAAUUACAAACACAACAAAAUAAAUAAAAUAAGACCAUCCAGAAAACGGAACUGCCAAUCAUCUCAGAGAUAACAACAGUUUUAACAAUAAUCAAAGGAUUUAUAUAUUUUAGAAUGGGCACAAAGAUGGAACAAGAGACGAAUAAGCAAAACUGUGAACGAAUAUAAAAGACUAAAAGUGAUCGACCUAGCAAAAGAUAUAGGCAUUCGAUUGAAAAAAAAAAACAAAUGAAAGACUCGAUUGAUCUUGUAUGAAGCAUUUAUUGACACUAACCUACUUAAUUUCCUA